UUUUCAAACCAUCACAAGUUGAUAUUUUUAGCUGUGUUUAUAUUUUGCUCGUUCUGACUUAAAUUAUAAAAGAUGGAAGUAGAUAUAACAAAUAACGAAGAUUUAAAACCAGAAAUCGAAAUGCUGAAUACGAUUUGUCGAUGUUGUUUAUCUAAAAACAGAAAUGGGAAUAAUAUAAUUUCGUAUAGUGGAUUAUUUUUUGAUUUAGCUGAAAUUACAGUAACAGAAUCUGAUGGGUUACCGCAAUGGAUCUGCUGGGAAUGUAUAGCGUUGCUACAAAAAUCCGUACGGUUUAAACAUAAGCUACAGAGAUCCAACAUAUUAUUGUACGAAUACAUAACAAGAUGUGCACCGUUCCCCAUAGAUGGUCAGGAUCCGGAACUAACGAAAUACGAGAGUCCACAACUUUGUUCCACAACAACGCUAAUAUUUGAUAAUGACGGCAGAAGUAAGAAUGGAUUUCAUAAAGUAUUACAGCAUGAAAAUCAAAUAAAUACAGUGAAGGAAACAAUCAGUGUGGUUGUUGAAAAAAUUGAAGAUAAUAUUAAAGAGGAAACUCAUUUUUCUGAUUUUGAAGAUAAUUUGACAUUAGAAGAAUACAGAUCAAAUGUAACGAAACUAAAAGAUGAUGAAAACGAUAUAUUACAAGAUGAAGAGAUAAAUUCAUCAUCAGUCAGGAAAAGAAAAAGAACAAAAACUAACGAGGAAAAAGUGAGAAAGAAAAAGAAAGUCACAGAAGUAAAUGAAAUAUUAGAAAGUAUUGAAGAAAAAAAAUCACGUAAGACAUCAAUAAGGAAACCUCCGGAACUAGAUCCUAAUAAAAUACGAGUUAUCAUUUUAAAUCCUGAAGAACAAAUUAAAAUGAAAGAGGAAGAAAGUAAAGCUUCAGACAAAUUUCCGUUUCAAUGCAAACUUUGUUUCAAAGGUUUCAAUUUUGAGAGCAAAUUGCAGAACCACAUGUUCAAACAUAGCCCUUCUCGGGGUACAUUCGAGUGUUCCCUAUGCCACAUGUACCUGCCGAGCGCGUACAGUGCGAGCGUGCACGCGCUGAUACACACGCGUAGGUACGAAUGCUUGGAAUGUGGAAGGAGGAUGAUUGAUAGGGCAUCUAUAUUGGAACAUUACAGCGCACAACAUGAAGGCAUUGUGACACAAUAUACGUGUAACCAAUGCGGCAAGGUGAGCAACAAUAAGAAGACACAUCGUAGUCAUGUUCGUAAUCACCACGAGUCUGACAGACCGCGCUGUGACCAGUGCGGCAAGAGCUUCGUCAACAAGGACUCGCUCGUCGAGCACAUGCAGAUACACGAGGGCGUGAAGAACUACGUGUGCGCGGAGUGCGGCGCUCGCUUCAGGACGAGGACACAGAUGAGGGAUCACAAGAGGAAACAUUCUGAUGAGAGGGAAUAUUACUGUGUCGAAUGUGACACCAGAUUCAAAUCUCCAAACAGUUUGAAACAGCAUUUGCUGAAAAGUCGAAAACAUGUCGACUCACAUAGUCUAAAAUACGCGUGCAUGUGCUGUGAGAAGCGUUUCCCGAGCGAGCGCGCGCUUCGUCACCACAUCGGUGUCCAGCACGAGGGUGUGCGCGCGCAUCGCUGCACUCAGUGUCCCGCAGCACUCGCCACGCGCAACUCUCUCAACAAGCACGUGCGCGCCGUGCACGCUGGAGCACGACCACCUGCCAGGCAUGUCUGCGAUACAUGCGGCCGCGCCUUCAGGGGUAAAAGUGUACUAAUGAAUCACGUGCGCACUCACACCGGAGAGAAACCAUUCUCGUGUACUGAGUGCGGGCGUCGCUUCACACAGCGCACCGCCAUGCGCACACACACGCGUCUCGUGCAUCUCAAAGUGCGCCGCAACGCCAAGAUAAAACCGGAACCGGAUCAAUCGGAGGAGAUACAACUUAAGAUAGUGGAAACGUACCCUAAGAAAGAGAAUCAACAAAUAAAAUUAGUGGAAACGAUAGCUAAGCGAGAGAACAACUUGGUGUUUGAGGAUUGGCAGGGACCUGUCAACUCUGAGGUCUACUUCCACGUCACUGCUGGACCCUGACCUCGGACAGAAGAAUAAAGAUGAUAACAGAACAUUAGUCUGACAAAAAGGCCAAUUUUAGACCGCUUCUCCUUUUGUAAUAAAGGAUGGGUAAGGAAUGUGCUUAUGACAGGGGAGGAGAUGUAAAAGAAAUGGACAUUUUUCAUCACACAGUUUUACCAAAAUAUAUUUCAUGUAAUUUUUUCGUGUUUUUUUUUAAAUUUCAAUGUCCAUUGUC